AUGGCGGGCUGGGUUUAUAAACCUCUGCGCCCUCAACACAUGAGUUUGAAGACCACUUGUCUCUUCGAUCUGUCACGUAUGCACAUGCGGCAAGGUCCAACAGCCUCAGCAUCCUUACUUUUCACCCUGGAGGGCACCGCAGCCCAGAGACAGCUCUUCAUCAUGAGGUCCUUCUUUCUACUACUCUUCUUCCUGUUGUUGGUGUCCCAUGGAUCCUCAGCAGUCAUCACAGGGGCCUGUGAGAGGGAUUCUCAGUGCGGAGGAGGGAUGUGCUGUGCGGUGAGUUUGUGGAUCCGCAGCCUGCGUAUGUGCACGCCCAUGGGACAAGAAGGAGACGACUGUCACCCCAUGAGCCACAAGGUUCCUUUCAAUGGGAAAAGACUGCACCAUACUUGCCCCUGCCUGCCCAACCUGUCGUGUAUCACUAUAGAUGAAGGGAGAUCCAAAUGUCUUUCACCAUACAAGUAUCCAGAUUACUACCUCUGAGGACCAGCUUACACUUUCUGCUACAUACACUGCACUUUUUUGUUUUUAAUUUAUUUUGAAUAAAGAGAUAUAUUUAUUAAUGUGUCUUCUUUGUGGUUCAGGUUAAGAUUAAACUAGGGCUGGGCAAGAUAUCAAUAUUAUAUCGUUAUUUUGAAAUGAGACAUAGAUAUCGUCUCAGAUUUUGGAGUCAUAAUAUCAAAAGUGUUUCCUGGUUUUAAAGGCUGCAUUACAGUAAAGAGAUGUAAUUUUAUGGACUCACCAGACUGUCCUAGCCGCUCUAUUAUUUGCCUUAUAUCCAUAUAACUGGUGAUUGUUAGUGAAAAUCACAUUAUGUAUUUUGCUGUGAAAACACCAAUAGAUCUUUAAAGUUCUCCACAUUGCCCAGCCCUAAAUUAAACUGUAUAUUUAAAGGAAAAUGCUCCCUUGGAUUUUUAGAAGCAAUAAAAUAUUUAACAUAAUGGCGGGCUGCUGCUGUUGCUC